UAAGCCUGUAACGUUUAUCCGGAGGCGAAACAGUAGGAACCUUUGUCAAAUUUUCAGAUACCGGAGCUCAGGGGAAAGAAAUGGCUACUCCAGCUCAUACCUCGCUCCUCCUCUCCAAUCCUUCGCCGCAACCGCAAUCGCAACUCUUGUUCACUGCCCGGAGAUCAGUUUCCGCUCACACUAGAGCAACCAGAUUUAAAUGCUCAGCGAGCCAGACUGGGUUCUUCAGUCGGCUCGGUCGGUUGAUAAAAGAGAAGGCGAAAAGUGACGUCGAGAAGGUCUUCUCCGGAUUCUCGAAAACCAGAGACAAUCUCGCUGUCAUCGAUGAACUCCUCCUGUACUGGAACCUCGCCGAGACUGACCGAGUCCUCGACGAGCUGGAAGAGAUUCUACUGGUCGCUGAUUUUGGGCCGAAAAUCACAAUCAAGAUCGUAGAGAGCUUACGGGAGGAUAUUCUGGCGAGGAAGCUCAAAUCAGGAAGUGAAAUCAAGGAUGCUUUGAAGAGUCGUGUGCUGGAUUUGUUAGUCACGAAGGGGAACAAGACGGAGCUUCAACUUGGAUUCAGGAAACCGGCUGUGAUCAUGAUAAUUGGCGUUAAUGGUGGUGGAAAGACAACAUCCCUUGGCAAGCUGGCAUAUAGAUUGAAGAAUGAAGGAGUGAAGAUAUUGAUGGCAGCCGGAGAUACAUUUAGGGCAGCUGCCAGUGAUCAGUUGGAGAUAUGGGCUGAAAGGACUGGAUGUGAAAUUGUUGUGGCUGAAGAAGAAAAGGCAAAAGCAUCAUCUGUUCUUUCACGGGCUGUCAAAAGAGGGAAAGAAGAGGGCUUUGAUAUUGUUCUGUGCGACACCUCUGGACGUCUCCACACGAAUUACAGCCUAAUGGAAGAGUUGAUAGCAUGUAAGAAAGUUGUGGGCAAAGUCGUUCCUGGUGCACCCAAUGAGAUCUUGCUGGUGCUGGAUGGGACCACGGGUCUCAAUAUGCUUCCCCAAGCAAGAGAGUUCAACGAGGUGGUGGGGGUAACGGGUUUCAUUUUGACGAAGCUUGAUGGCACUGCAAGAGGUGGCUGUGUGGUUAGCGUCGUGGACGAGCUUGGCAUCCCUGUGAAGUUUGUUGGUGUCGGUGAAGGCGUAGAAGACCUCCAACCUUUCGACGCAGAGGCUUUCGUGAAUGCCAUAUUUACCUAGGGCCUGAACCAGAGUUAGUAUGCCGGCACUUCACAGUUGGGGGGAUGCGGCGAAUACAAGAAGUCGGGAACACGAAGAUCAGCACUGGGAAAAGCCAAGCCAACUUCCGCCGGGACUACGAAAGGAGCCUAGCUUCAGGAGGAGCCAUUUCACAACAACAGUGUUGAGCAAAAGAGAGGAUUGAUGGUGGUAUUGGGACAUUGGAGAUGUAGAAAUGAACGAUAAAAAGCUUAAUGCAAUUUGUCUUUCUGUCUGUAUAAGAACACCAUUACACACAUCAAAGGACCAUCAUCUUGUAAUCUUCCAAAAUGGUGUUCCAAAAGAACUCAUCUAGUGAUGAGGCAAAUUGUGAAUUAUGAAAUGGGAGCAAACGGGUCCGCAUUUUCUUUCUUGCGUGCGUCUUCUGUUUCCGGUUUCAUAACUUGGAGGCAGGCAGGUGAUAGAAAGUAGCCCGAGCGGUGAACAUGAGCUUCCCAGUUUUCUUCUGUCGGAAUUCCAUCGAAACCACCGUCAAGUUUCUUCCGCUCCUCACCACCGACGCGUCAACCGUCACCGUCUCAUUUUGAGGGGCGGCGGAGAGGUAAGAAAUGCCCAAUUCGCCUAGAAACAGCUCCUUCUCCUCCGGCACUAGGGUUCUUGCACAGGCAAUCGACACUCUCUCCGCCACUGCCGCGGCGGCCCCUCCGUGCAGUCCUUUGUAGAAAUUCUCUACGACGGGGAGGACGGAGAAGGAGCAAGAGAUCCGGCCGCGUUCGACGGCGUGGACGUUGAGCAGGCCGCGGAUGAUAUCGGAGUAGGAGUCGGUGGUGGAUGUGUACUUCUCGACGGCAGGAUCGGAGACUCCGAGGUUUGUGAAGAAUCUAUUUACCGUAUUGACGUAUUGAAGAGGAAUGUCCCUCGCGAUUGUUUCCGUGGCCGUCGAGCCGUCGCCGGCGGUGGCUGAGUUGACGUCCUUGGUCAUCUCUCUCUCCAGUUCAGCUCAACCAGGCACCUGUUUACUCUUUUUGGGAAACCAACCACUUCUACUCUUCUAGCCUGGCCUUCAGGCCUUGUGCUUUCCCACCCAAUCUUUUGUUGGUGAAUUUUCCUUCCCAUUUUGGCUUCUCCCUUUUGAUUGGUUAUCUCGAAU